AUGACAGCACUAUUGGGCAUCUCAAGCCGUCUCGACCUCUUCAAGCGGGACUUCAAAGACCUGAAGGAACUCAUUCAGAGGGAAUUUGCCGAAUUACGGAAGCAUGCGGCGAAAUCGACUGAAACGCCGCCAAUCAGUCCGCACACCGUCCAUCAUACAACAGCACCCGUAGAGGGGCCACGAGCGACAACUCCCGAUACCGAUAUCAGACUUACUACGGAAAACGAAGGGCUGGACCUACAUGCAUCGACGGAUCAAAAAGGAUUCCAGAGCUCGGGACUUGAGUCGAACUUCGACCACGCCAACGGCCAUCUUGUGACGGGCGGUGAUACGCUGCUCGACUCUCUCUUCGAGCCUCUGCACUGA